AUGGAGCAGGAGAUCCACGAACAAGUACACCUAACGGAGGACGGCGGAGUGAUCAAAACGAUCCUCAGGAAAGGUGAAGAAGGAGAAGAAAAUGUCCCCAAGAAGGGAAACGAAGUGACGGUACACUACGUAGGAAAACUCGAAAGCAACGGAAAAGUUUUCGAUUCAUCUGUUGAAAGAAAUGUGCCCUUCAAGUUUCACCUAGGACAAGGAGAAGUAAUAAAAGGAUGGGAUAUCUGCGUAGCGUCGAUGAAAAAAAAUGAAAAAUGUUCAGUCCGUCUGGAUAGCAAGUACGGCUACGGAGAAGAAGGAUGUGGAGAAAGCAUCCCUGGGAACAGUGUGUUAAUAUUUGAAAUAGAACUGCUGAGCUUUAGAGAAGCCAAAAAAAGUAUAUACGAUUAUACGAAUGAGGAGAAAAUUCAGGCAGCCUUUGAUUUGAAAGAACAAGGAAAUGAAUUUUUCAAAAAAAAUGAAAUAAACGAAGCUAUAUCCAAGUAUAAGGAAGCGUUAGACUUUUUCAUGCACGCAGACGAUUGGGAGGGAGAUUUAUCUGAAAAAAAAAAAAACAUCGAAAUUAUUUGCAACCUAAAUUUGUCUACAUGCUACAAUAAGAAUAAGGACUUCCCGAAUGCCAUCGCCCACGCGUCGAAGGUUUUAAAGUUUGACAAAAAUAAUGUUAAGGCGCUUUACAAACUGGGUGUCGCUAAUAUGCACUUUGGCUUUUUGGAGGUUGCCCGGGAAAAUCUCUACAAAGCUGCUUCUCUAAACCCCAACAAUGUGGAAAUACGCAACUCCUAUGACGCCUGCCUGAACAAAUUGAAGGAGGCCCGCAAGAGGGACAAACUCACCUUCGGAGGAAUGUUCGACAAGGGCAUUCUCUACGAGGAGAAGAAGAGCAGCGCUAAGUGA